UUUCCGUUAUUUUGUCUAAUCCUUGUGUGCAUAUUCCAUAAUCAUAGUGCACAUAUCAGUUAUCAUUUCCUAUAUCGAGCAAACUUGAGUCGCAUUCCACACUAAUCAUGAAUUGUAUUUCAUACUAAUUCUGUUUACGUGAGCUGUAAUAGUCAACGGAUAGUAUGAACCAGAAUUAUUCUUGAAUUUUAACUCAAGACCGGUGCGUUUUGCUGAUUACAUAACAACUUUAGUUUUCGACCUAUGAUUAUCAUCUAACAAAGUAUUCCUCCUUGUAACGCAUGCUUCUGAAGCUCAUUAUUCGACAAUUUUCUAGCAAUACUUGCGAUUUUGGAAUAAGUUCUGUGGUUACCAAACCUUGCUCUUUUGUUAAAUUGGUGUUGGAUAGAAUUAAAGUAAAUUCAUCUAUUCAAAUUAUGUGAAUAUAUAUUUGUGAAGCUCAUAAAAAUAUAUAUUAUGGAGUUUGACGACUACGAAAAGUUGAACGAUGACAGGAUUGGAGUUGUCAUGUGUGCCGGAGCUCUGGCUGGCAUUUUUGAGCAUAUUGUAAUGUAUCCCAUCGAUUCUGUAAAGACAAGGAUGCAGUGCCUUGCUCCAUCACCAGAGGCUUCCUAUCACAAUGUCCGUGAUGGUCUCAGCAAAAUGAUCACAAAUGAAGGCAUUUGGCGGCCAGUGAGAGGAGUAAAUGCUGUUAUCAUGGGAGCGGGACCUGCACAUGCUUUAUAUUUUUCUGCUAUUGAAGGCAUCAAGAAAAACAUAGGCUCCAAGAACUACAUCAAUGACCAUGCAGCAAAUGCGGCUGCUGGCUGUGGUGCUACUUUGCUCCAUGAUGCUGUUAUGGUGCCUGCUGAUGCUAUUAAACAACGCCUUCAAAUGUACAACAGUCCCUACUCGUCUUGUUUCAAUUGUGCACAGCAGUUGUAUCGGACGGAAGGAAUUCGUGCCUUCUACCGCUCAUACACAACACAGCUCAUGAUGAACCUUCCCAACCACGCCAUUCUCCUCGUCGUCUAUGAGAAAAUGCAGAAGCUUUUUAAUCCUUCCAGAGAAUAUAAUGCGCCGGUGCACUGCGCGGCUGGUGCAGUUGCAGGGGCGAUCGGUGCGGCCGUCACAACUCCUCUUGACGUGUGCAAAACGCUGCUUAACACACAAGAAACCUCAACACUUAACCAAAUUCGUGCAUCUCGCAUCUCCGGGGUCAGAAAUGCACUGCGGACAAUAUACGUGAUGGGAGGUUUCAAGGGAUUUUUCAAAGGCCUCCAAGCGCGAGUCUUGUUUCAGAUGCCUAGCACGGCGAUAUCCUGGACCGUCUAUGAACUUUUCAAACAUAGUUUGAGGCAAGACAGAAAUGACGAUUGCAAUCCAGAGAAUGGGAACGAACUUCUGAUGGAUGGUGUUGUGGGAGAAAUGCCGCCACUUUCAGCGAGUGAAAGGGCGGGAGGAGGGGGCGGCAAAACUGGUCUUGUACUGCAGGAGAAGAAGUAUGGUGGAUUGGGAGCUGCAGGUACCGUUGAGAGGUUGCGAACGCUUCAUGUCGGUUCAUCUCUCACAGCAACUUGCUCAGCUGCGGGGCCAGCUGAUGAAAACUUUCUGGUCAAAUAGAGGAGGCCUGAAUUGUGGAUCUUUAUCUUGCAACCAUGCAGCUCUUGCUUGAUGACUGAACCGUUUGCAGUGCCCACUGCAUGGAUGUAUUGAUGAUCAUGUGGUAAUCGUGUAUGCAGCUGCGUGCUGAUCGUGUAUGUUGCUGCGUGCUGAUCGUGUAUGCAGCUGCGUGCUGAUCGUGUAUGUUGCUGCGUGCUGAUCGUGUAUGUUGCUGCGUGCUGAUCGUGUAUGUUGCUGCGUGCUGAUCGUGUAUGACGCUGCGUGCUGAUCGUGUAUGACGCUGCGUGCUGAUCGUGUAUGCAGCUGCGUGCUGAUCGUGUAUGCAGCUGCGUGCUGAUCGUGUAUGAAGCUGCGUGCUGAUCGUGUAUGCAGCCGCGUGCUGAUCGUGUAUGCAGCUGCGUGCUGAUCGUGUAUGCAGCUGCGUGCUGAUCGUGUAUGUUGCUGCAUGGUGCUAUCGUAGUCACCAGAAUGUAUCGUUUUUGAUGAUGUUGAUGCCAUCAAAUAAUGUUGCAGUUAUAAAGAAGAUGUUUCAUCCAAUGAUAAUUUCACUAGCGUGCUCUUCCAUGUUGAUGUUGUAUUACGGCCUGUAUUGCAUCUCUAAUGGAAAUGUGAUACACGUUUAGUUUGAUGGUAAACAAGAAUCGCUAAAGGUGCACAAAUUUGUAGUCAUUCGCUUAUCAUAUAAAAUUUAGUGUAUGAUAUUCGUAUUGAUAAAUAAUUGUUCAUCAAAUGAUAUUAAAUGUAUAAAAUUCGUAAUAGAUUUGUAGAAAGGAAGAAAUUUGAAGUAUCAUAUCAACGCAUACUAGGAAAAACACUUCAGUGUCCUCUCACUACUGAGCUUCACUGAUUUUAUUUGUACUUGUGUUCAGUAGACAUGAAACUUGUCUGCCAUGCAGUGGAAUGAAGCCUCCUGCUGAUGGAGCUGGCACGCCUUCACCUACUCAUUAAAAACAUCUUUAUUUUAUAUUAGUUGUCUUCAGUAUUUCCAAUGGCAUUUACCUAAAAUUUAUCCUUCCAUAAAUUCGCUAUUGCCUUUCGUGCGUACACACAACUAUUCUUGUCUUAACCUGCCCUUCUCAUCACUUCUAUUUUCCUUCUCUUUGUAUUCUCUUGUACAUUUUUAAUUUGACCUCUUUUCCCCAUCCAUCAGCUCUAGAACCUGGAGAUUUAUUUCAUUUGUUCCCUUUUUGCCUCCCACACAUUGGUCACAUUCUGUAGUGUUUAUUCACAAAUUUGCAUUUACAAGAGUAUUUUGGUAGGUACCUGUCGUGCUUUUAUGUUUUCGGGGUAAUUUCUUUCAUAUGAAUCUGCAUAGAAUUGAAGGUCACAUCUCCCGUAUUCUGUUGACCUGAGCGAUGGUUAGGUUAUUCUGAUUUAGCUCCACUUUUAUCUUUAGCCACCAUUCUUCUGAACAACUAUUAUCUUCUAGGUUCAUAGGCCGCAUACAAGUGAAAAAGUAGUCAAAAUUUAGGUAUCAGUAAACUAAAUCAUUUCAUUUGAGAAAUCGCGUUUUGUAGUACGGUGUUUCUUCAAUCCAGAAGUUUUACCUGUCAUUAAUUAUGAAUUAAUUUUGAGGCACGUUAUUUUAUUUUUUCUAGGACUUGCAUUGGGCUAUUGCAAGGUGUCACUAUCGUUCAGCGUCGUAGUUGUUACUAGAAUUACCUAUUUCUCUGCAAUAAAGCUUUGAUGUAGUGGCGUGGGUUUAGCAUAGAUAGCUCAGUGCGGCUAAGUUGAUGUAGCUGUGGCUGUUGUUUGUAGGACUCGUGCCUUGAAAUUCUUCCACUGAUCAGUAAUGAACAUUGAUUCGCCCCGUAGAGCUGCCCAUAUAUUCCUCAUGAAGCUUCAUUUUAUUGUUAUUUUUUAUUUGAUGAAAAUUAAUCAUUCGAUUUGUUGGAAAUUACAGGCAGCUUCUCGGAUUUUAGUUCGACCAGCAGUGAUUUUGAAUAAUAGCGCAAAGUUUGAGCAUUAUUUUCCGUUUGAAUUUCUUGCCAAGUGUCGUGUAUAGAUUAGUUAAGAUCGUGAAGUCAAGACAACAUUUUUGGCUCAGCGUUACCGUGAAUGAAUUAUGUAUCCAUAUUUUGCAUUGUAAAUUUUCCAGCAUAGAUUGAUAGUUGCCAUUUUAUUUUACAUUAUUUUCUCAUAGCUUAUCGUUGGCUUGUAUUGGACUAUACCAUCAUGUCUGUACCAGUUCUUGUAACCAUAGUUAUUAGAAUUGUGCUACACUUAUUGCUAGUGUGAUUAUAAUGCGAGAAUUGAACACGAAUGUGAUUCUGACUACCUAAAUAAUUACUGUUAACUAGUGACACUUAUCUAGAUAUUUGUGCGUUAAAUAAUAGUCAUGGCUUUACGUGUCCUACUUGAUACGAUGUGUCACACGGCGUUGCUGCCAUGUCUCUGACAUACAAAUCGUAUCAGUUAUCUUCUCUAAUGUGAACAUACGAUUAUCGGAGACUUGUUAGAGCUCCUUUACUCGUGAUCAGGUACAAGAUUACUACCUAAUUGCCUAUUACUUGCGUCGAAGUGCUUUCCUGUGGAUAAAUUUUUGACAUUUCCAAUCAUGUGCACUGUACAGUCCAUGUAAACGCGACUCAAUGUAUUUACUCUGUGCUUUGACUGAGCUCAGCGGCCUGGAGAGGCGCCGUGUGUUAUCGUUAAGCGCUUAGCACGUAUAUAAUGAACAUCUUCCCACAUGUACUGUAGUGUAAUUGCAUUACUUAACUUUGUACAUGACUCAACUUGGUAGAUGUCGCGAUGAAGUUCAUUUGACCUAUUUUAUGAUUUGUUAUUGUUCUGAAUUCUAUGUGUAUUAGUCAUGACGUUAUUGUUAUCAAACUGGAAGGCUAAAUCACAUUUCGCUGAAGUUCUGGGCGCCGAUGUGGGGUUCUAUUAUAGAUCAGCGUGCAUUAAUAACCAAGUGCUAGCUCUAGUAUUUUAAAAGCUUCUUGUCUUUUCUGAAUGGAAAUAAAUCUGUCACGAAAACUCUAAGUAUUUGAACAGUAACUAAAAACUAAUAGUUUCUGAUACGGUAGAGUGUUGUAAUUUUGGCAUGCUGCUUCAACGGGUUUUCAUGCUCUAUAUAAAUGAAUAUUUUCAUCUUAACCCAAACUGUAUUUUUCUUGGCCAAAACGUUUUGCUUGUCGGUCAAGGAAGCCUGUCUACGACUCGGCAAAAUUUGCGACCUUGCGACCGUGGGAAAGGGUUUUUAUAGAAUUUAGGUAAUGUUUAUUGAAUGGAGCUUCGCUUGCGGAAAUCAUAUACUGAAACAAACACGUGAAAAUGAGCUUAAGUAAACUUUUCUAGUGCUUGUAUCAAGCAAAUGUGUUUAAUAGUUCCGGUUUUUAUCGAGUCUCCACCACACCCUGCUUUCUUUUUCUACUUCGAUUGCCGACGUUGCUGUAAAAUUUUUUCUCACUCCAGGAUGGAAAGUAGAGCUGGCUUCGAAGCAGUUGUGAUUCUUCUAACGAGGCUAUGAGCAUUCGUCGCCUUUUCCACAUUUGUUUAAAUUUGAUACUUUGGCAAUAGUAAUUGGUCCAGUUCUCCUAGAAGAUUAUAUGCAUAGAAUUAUUAAUGAGCGUGUGCUUCAUGCAGGUUUGUAACUGCGAAAAUCAUCGACCUAAAUUCUAUAAAAGCUACUCACAAGUUCGGUAUCGGCGCAAUUAUUCUGAACACUCGUUCACCCUCAAUUCACCAAAUUUCCAGAUAAAUCCUUGUUUUGUCUUCUAUGAAGAUCUUAUUCUCGGGAACGUAUUAAGUUAUACACGGUUUUUGCAUUGAUAAACAGUUUUUGUUCUAAUGACCAUGUCUUUUUUCUGCAGGCGACUGGCAUGUAUAUUGAAGCCUCUGAACUUUUAUGGCCCCCUGAUAGUUUCGAGUUGCUAACUUUUGUCUAUGAUGUCUUGGUAGCUGCAAAUUGUAAUUCUUGAGGUAAUUUGCUUAAUUUUCACAUAUAUUUCAAUGUGUUUCAAAUGAAUAAAUGCUUUGAAUGAGCUUAAUACAGAUAAAAUUCUCGUGUACUGUCUGAUAAAUUUUACAUUAUUACAUUAAAAUGGCCUUAAUGUAUGGCCGACGUCUCGUGUAAGCUAACUUUUCUGGAGUGUCUUCGAUUCGGUUACAGUUACCUUGGCCCUCUUUCUGACAAGCUUUUGCAGACUCGUCAUUAAAAACCUCCUGCCCCUUAUGGACAAUGAAUUAUUUGGAAUUUAUGACCAUCGAGACCUUCCAUCUUGUAGGCUAUUUUUUUUUUUCUUGCGACAUUAGGUGCGAUAAAGCUUGCGCUGAUGCUACUGUACACUUCAUGAGCAUUAAACCAUACACGGCGACAACGGAGAUUUGGCCACUACGGGAUUUAUCGUGUUAAAUUUUUGCGGGCGUGCUAGGGAUUUCAUGUAUUGCAUGAUUAGGCGAACUGCUUGCUGCACAUUACUUCAUACCCUCUCGCGCGCUGGAAAAACUUCAGACCCAGUGUGGUUUAACUUUUUCCAGUAUUGUUGAAUUCUAUUGUAUGCGUAAAUAUAUUACUAGAAAUAUAAUGGUAUUUCUUGGAA